GAGCUGAUGGUCCGGCUGAGCGAGGGGCAGUACGUGCUGUGCCGAUGGACAGACGGGCUCUACUACCUCGGCAAGAUCAAGAGGGUGAGCGGCUCCAAGCAGAGCUGCCUCGUCACGUUUGAGGACAACUCCAAGUACUGGGUCCUCUGGAAGGACAUUCAGCAUGCCGGUGUCCCGGGGGAGGAGCCCAAGUGCAGCAUCUGCCUGGGGAAGAAGUCGGGCCCCAGGAACGAAAUCCUCAUCUGCGGGAAGUGCGGGCUGGGUUAUCACCAGCAGUGCCACAUCCCGGUGGCGAGUGGCGGCGAGGGCCCGCUGGGGACGCCGUGGUUCUGCCGCCGCUGCAUUUUUGCCCUGGCCGUGCGGAAAGGCGGUGCCCUGAAGAAAGGAGCCAUUGCCAGGACGCUGCAAGCCGUGAAGAUGGUGCUGUCCUACAACCCCGAGCUGCUGGAGUGGGAUUCUCCACACCGCACCAACCAGCAGCAGUGCUACUGCUACUGCGGGGGCCCCGGAGAGUGGUACCUGAAGAUGCUGCAGUGCUACCGCUGCCGGCAGUGGUUCCACGAAGCCUGUACCCAGUGCCUCAGCGACCCCAUGAUGUUUGGAGACCGGUUCUAUGUGUUUUUCUGCUCUGUAUGCAACCAGGGACCAGAAUACAUCAAGCGCCUGCCCUUGAGAUGGGUGGACAUCGUUCAUCUGGCCCUCUACAACCUGGGUGUGCAGAGCAAGAAGAAGUACUUUGACUUCGAGGAGAUCUUGGCCUUCGUGAACCACCACUGGGACCCUCUGCAGCUCGGGAAGCUCACGGGCACCCCCAUCUCCGAGCGCGGCCCCCACCUCCUGAACGCCCUCAACAGCUACAAAAGCAGGUUUCUGUGUGGGAAGGAGAUCAAAAAGAAGAAAUGCAUCUUCCGCCUGCGGAUCCGCGUCCCCCCGAACCCCCCCAGCAAGGUUCUGCCGGAGAAAGCCCCCGGCGAGGGCGAGAGCAGCUCCUGUGAGCUGAAGAAAGGAGGAAAAAGCAAAUAUGCCCAUAAGGACAGCCUCCAGCAGCAGAAGCGGCGAGCGCGGCGCAAGAGAGCCAAGUUCCUGCUGGAGGAUGCCAUUCCCAGCAGUGACUUCACCUCGGCCUGGAGCACCAACCAUCACCUGGCCAGCAUCUUCGACUUCACGCUGGAUGAGAUCCAGAGCCUGAAAAGUGCCAGCUCAGGACAGACUUUCCUAUCGGAUGUGGACUCCACAGAUGCCACCAGCACCUCAGGCUCGGCCACCACGAGCCUUUCCUACGAGUCCAGCCGCAGGACCGUGGGCAGCCGCAAGCGCAAACUGGCAGUGCCAGCCUACGCCUCGGGGGCCAAGAGGAGAGGGGGCGAGCUGGGCGGGCGCCCGGUCGCCACCACCCCGGAGGGCAGCGAGGCGACGGCCGGCCCCGACCGCCCCGACGACGGCAUCGACAGCCACACCUUCGAGAGCAUCAGCGAGGACGAUUCCUCGCUGUCCCACCUCAAAUCCUCCAUCAGUAGCUACUUCGGGGCCGCGGGCCGGCUGGUGUGCGGGGAGAAGUACCAGGUGCUGGCACGGCGGGUGACGCUGGAGGGGAAGGUGCAGUACCUGGUGGAGUGGGAAGGCACCACCCCUUACUGA